AUGCAGACAGUCAAGUGGGAGGCGCUUGCAGCUGGUCCACUGAUUGCAUUUCAUGCAGGUUGCAUAUUGGGCGACGUUUUAUAUCUUCAUGGAGGAGUUGAAGAAAAGAGCUCUCCUACUCCGUCAAAUAAAUUCCACAGUUACAACAUGUCGACGUCGGAAUGGAUAGAAAUUCAGGAGGCAGGAAGUCCUGCGCUUAGCCAUCAUGCUUGUGUUGUGAUUGAAAACCGCUACAUUGUUUUGAUCGGAGGAUGGGAUGGUAAAGUCCGCACAAGUGCUGUGUACAUAUAUGAUACAGAUAAACGAAAGUGGACUAUGCCGCAAGUCCUCGGCUUCUCUGAUCAAGGUGGCCUUAGUGCACACACAGCUUCGUUGUUAGCCUCGGGAGAAAUUCUCGUGAUAGGGCGCGAAGGCGGGCUUCACAUGCAGCGUCGCCAUGGUGACGCCUACAUUCUGUCAUGUGACGUGGAGAAGAGAGUGUGUAAGUAUUGUAACUACACCAGCUCAGUGUCUUCCAGAUCUGGCCAUACAACAAACAUUGUGGGGAACGCAGCGUACAUCAUCGGCGGACGCGGUGAUCAGCUGUUAGAGAGGCUGUUGCGAUUUUCACCGUCGUCAUUCCCUCCCUCCUCUGGCCCAAUUUUCUCCAAACUGUCAAACUUCCUUUGCACACCACUGACUAAAGUCCCGUGUGGUCGGAAAAAUCACAUCGCUCUCUCUGGGCCUGGGUUUAUUUUUGUUCACGGAGGGGAGACUUUUGAUGGGCGCAUCCGUGAGCCUGUAGGGGAGAUGUACCUAGUCACCAUCAAGCCCAGUGUCCAGUGGUUUGCUGUUCGAGGGCAGAGCUUAGGGCGAGCAGGCCAUGUGUGCUGCACUGAUGGGAAUCGUGUCCUCUUACAUGGAGGACUGACAGGCCGUGGACAAGUAUGUGGAGAUGUAAGAGAGCUGACAAUUAGCUGACCGCGAUAUAGAGGUGAUGACUGGCAGGUUCUGAAGAUGUGUGUGGAGAUAGAGGUGAUAAAUCUGUCAUACACUGAACUUUACAUGGCAUCCUCCUUUAUGUACAUGUGGAAAUCUUUGGUGUACAGAAUAAAUAAUGACAACAACUGCAUGUAUACAAUCCUGGGGCAUCGCGCACAAAGCAGUCGUAGGCGGAGUUGAG